AGAACAAGGAAAAGGAAUGCAAAGUAGUUCCAACAGGAAUUGAUGUCAUUUAAAUAACGUCGUAAAACCACCAGAUAUUGAAGGGGAAACUCAACAACCAUGUAUCUUAACAGGGAAGAGGAGAACAGCAAAGGCUCGGUGUCUCUCAGUGUGUUCCUGGUGUCGCUGGCGGUGACGGUUUGUGCCGUGUGGCUGGUGGCUCUCUGUGGUGUCUGCGGCUGGUGCCAACGCAAACUGGGGAAGAGGAAUAAGCCCGGAGUGGAGACGGCCGGCACCCCAGACUCUGCACGCGGCCGCGGGGAGAAGAAAGCAAUCAAUGAUCUAGACAGAGACUUUUGGAAUAACAAUGACAGCAGCACAGUGCAGCAGAAAUGGAGCUCCUAUCCGCCCAAGGAGUUUGUACUAAACAUUUCUCCCUAUGCCCCUUACGGAGAUCCUCGCCUCACACUCAAUUUCGGGGACCCCUCGCUCUCCUCUGCGGCGACACUGGAGCACAUCCCGUCGUCGGAGGCGACGCGGCCGCGCACGCUGGUGAGGCAGCAGAGCCUCCAGCAGCCCCUCUCCCACCCGCCGCAGCCGGGCCCCAACGACCUGCCGCCCACCUCCCAGAGCCUGGGCCAGCUGCACACGGGGCCCGGCCGGCCGGGAGGGGGGGGUGGGGGCCUGCGCGGGGGCCCCCGGGGCGUGCGGGGCAGCCCGGCGGGGGCGGGCGCGUCCCGGUACCGGGGGGCCGGGGGGGGCCGCUCGCGCUCCAACCCGGGCAGCUGGGACCACGUGAUGGGCCAGAUCCGCAACCGGGGCCUGGACGUCAAGUCCUUUCUCGAGGGGAAGAUGGUGGUCCUCUCUCUGGCGAUCGGGCUGGCAGAGCAGGACGACUUCGCCAACAUUCCUGACCUGCAGGAGGCCCCGGCAGGCCACGAAAACCCAUCAGACAAGAGGGCCGCGGGCAACAAGCCAGGCAACAGCCCCAAGGGCCACCCCCCGGAGGACUCGGACCGCCGGAACGACGGCCACUCCUCCGUCUCUGACCUCGCCAACUCCCUCACCAGCGAGAUGCUGAUGCUGUCCCCGGGUUCUGAGGAGGACGACCACGAGGGUCACGUCUGCGAGAAGCUGGGCCGCAUCCAGUUCAGCGUGGGUUACAACUUCCAGGAUUCCACCCUCACCGUGAAGAUCCUGAAGGGCCAGGACCUGCCCGCCAAGGACUUCUCCGGCACCUCCGACCCCUUCGUCAAGAUCUACCUGCUGCCGGACAAGAAGCACAAGCUGGAGACCAAGGUCAAACGGAAGAACCUCAACCCCCACUGGAACGAGACCUUCCUGUUCGAAGGCUUCCCGUACGAGAAGGUGGUCCAGCGGACCCUCUACCUGCAGGUGCUGGACUACGACCGCUUCAGCCGCAACGACCCCAUCGGCGAGGUGUCCAUCCCGCUCAACAAGGUGGACCUGGCCCACAUGCAGACCUUCUGGAAGGAGCUGAAGCCCUGCAGCGAUGGCAGCGGGAGUCGAGGAGACCUGCUCGUGUCCCUGUGUUACAACCCCACAGCCAACACCAUCACUGUGAGCAUCAUCAAAGCGCGCAACCUCAAAGCCAUGGACAUCGGGGGAACCUCAGACCCGUACGUUAAGGUGUGGUUGAUGCACAAGGACAAGAGGGUGGAGAAGAAGAAGACCGUGGUGAUGAAGCGCUGCCUGAACCCCGUCUUUAACGAGUCGUUCCCCUUCGACGUGCCCGCCCAUGUGCUGCGAGAGACCACCAUCAUCAUCACCGUCAUGGACAAGGACCGGCUGAGCCGCAACGACGUCAUCGGCAAGAUCUACCUAUCAUGGAAAAGUGGCCCUGCGGAAGUAAAGCACUGGAAGGACAUGAUUGGGCGCCCGCGCACCGCGGUUGCCCAAUGGCACGCCCUCAAGGCCUGAUUGCCCCGCCCACCGCCCC